GAGAAAAUGGCCGGUGCUGUCCAGUGGAUAGCUGAGUCCGUCCAUGAGAUUCUGCAGGCCCCUGGGCUGACUCUGCAGACGUUCGUUAUCUUCUGUUUGGCCUUUCUGUUGACAUGUACACUUUUGAGGCGUUCCCAGAACCUGCCUCCUUACCCGGCAGGACGUGUGCCUGUUCUCGGGCACCUCCUCGCCUUAGGCCGAGCGCCUCACCUCAAGCUGACGGCGUGGAGGCGGCAGUACGGGGACGUCUUCACCGUCAGGAUGGGGAUGGAAGAUGUGGUGGUUCUGAACGGCUACACUGCCGUCAAGGACGCGCUCGUGGACAGGUCCGAGCUGUUCGCGUCACGGCCGCGAAUCUACAUGCUUGAUUCGAUUGCUGGUGACGGAAAAGAUAUGGUUGCUGCACGUUGGGGGCCCGGGUUCAGACAGAGGAAGAGGUUUGCCACCAUUGCCCUGAAGAACCUGGGUAUGAAGGUUGGACGUGGCAGCAUCGAGGACAACAUCCGAGAGGAAGCCAACUGUCUCCGCAGCAGGGUGGCAGAAUACGAAGGACAGCCCUUUGACUUCGCCCAUGACGUCACCGUGACGGUAGCAAACGUCAUCUGCUCCAUGGUGUUCGGGAAGCGCUACGACUACGAGGAUGAGACGUUUCAGGAGCUCUCGAAGGCCGUUACUGCCGUUGUGACUGAACUUGCCGCCGGCCAAAUCAUCAGCGUCUUCCCGGCCCUGCGGUUUGUUCCUGGAGUGAACAGAGCGGGUACUGAUUUGUUACAACACGUCUCGAAGAUACAUCAAGUGAUGUGGGAGGAGAUCUCGCGCCGUCGCGAACACCUGCAUCGCGAGAACCCGCGAGACUUCCUGGAUUUCUGCCUGCUGGAGAUUGACCAGCAGGACAAGGUGGAGGGUCUGACGGAGGAGAAUGUCAUGUACAUGGCCAUGAACCUGUUUCUGGCCGGGACUGAGACGACAGGAAACACUCUGCUGUGGGCUCUGCUCUACUUAACCCAGAAUCCAGCCAUUCAACAUAAGGUCCAUGAGGAGCUAGAUGCCGUUGUUGGUGCGAGUCUGCCCACCCUGUCCCACCGUUCCCGGCUGCCCUACGUAAACGCCUGCCUGCUGGAGACUAUGCGGAUCCGCACCCUGGUUCCCUUAGCCAUUCCCCACUCCACCACACAGGACGUCAAAGUGCAGAAGUUUGACAUUCCCAAAGGAACCCAGCGUGUUGAGCUCGAGGUAGGCGGUGCCCAGAGCGACGAGGCCGAGAAAGCCGAGGUUGUCAAACAGACCGCCGUUGAGGAGGGAGGGCGCCCUCCCGCCCUCCACGAGGUUGGCCGGCAGGACAAGCAGUUGCUUGAAAAGAUCAAAGAAGCAGUCCACAUCCAGUUGGAAGGUGCGAAGCUGAACCGCAAUGAUGGCUGGGAGCUGUACAUGUCCUACUUACCUCUACUCCGCAAGGAGGUGGGCCGCCGUGUGUGUCUUGGUGAGCAGCUGGCCAGGAUGGAGCUUUUCCUGUUCUUCUCGUGCCUGUUGCAGUCAUUUACCUUCAACACGCCAGAGGGCGCUCCUCCACCAAACACCGACGGCAUCCUUGGAAUAACAUGGACUCCGAAUCCGUACCAACUCUGUGCGACACCGCGUUAG